AUGAGAGAGGGAGAGGGGGUGGGAGAGAGGGUGAUGGGUGUGGAAGAGAGGGAGAGGGUGAUGGGUGUGGAAGAGAGUGAGAUGAGAGGGAGAAGGGGUGGGAGAGAGGGUGAUGGGUGUGGAAGAGAAGGAGAUGAGAGAGGGAGAGGGGGUGGAAGAGAGGGAGAGGGGGUGGGAGAGAGGGUGAUGGGUGUGGAAGAGAGGGAGAGGGUGAUGGGUGUGGAAGAGAGUGAGAUGAGAGGGAGAAGGGGUGGGAGAGAGGGUGAUGGGUGUGGAAGAGAAGGAGAUGAGAGAGGGAGAGGGGGUGGAAGAGAGGGAGAGGGGGUGGGAGAGAGGGUGAUGGGUGUGGAAGAGAGGGAGAGGGUGAUGGGUGUGGAAGAGAGUGAGAUGAGAGGGAGAGGGGGAGAUGAGAGAGGGAGUGGGGGUGGGAGAGAGGGAGAGAGGGAGAUGAGAGAGGGAGAGGGGGUGGGAGAGAGGGUGAUGGGUGUGGAAGAGAGGGAGAGGGUGAUGGGUGUGGAAGAGAGUGAGAUGAGAGGGAGAAGGGGUGGGAGAGAGGGUGAUGGGUGUGGAAGAGAAGGAGAUGAGAGAGGGAGAGGGGGUGGAAGAGAGGGAGAGGGGGUGGGAGAGAGGGUGAUGGGUGUGGAAGAGAAGGAGAUGAGAGAGGGAGAGGGGGUGGAAGAGAGGGAGAGGGGGUGGGAGAGAGGGUGA